UUCCGUCGGGAUUCUUCUCUCCUCCUUCCUCUCCUUGUCCACGGGCGAAAAACAUAUUCAACCACAAUCUCCACUCUCCCCUCCCCCCCUUCCCCCCCCCGAAUCCGCUGCAAUGGCGCGCGAUCUCGAAGCCGGAAACGCCCAGGUGGAAGUCCGCCGGAGCAUCGCCAACAAUGAGAAGGAAGUCGAGCUCGACGAGUACAGCAACCUGGUCCGCUACAUCUCCACCUACCGCGACACCAAGGGCGCCGCAGCUGCUGUUGACGAGCAGGAGGAUUACGAUGAGAAGACGCGUCCCUGGUACGCCUUCUGGCGCAAGGAGCUCGGUCCCGGCGGCGCCAUCGAUAUCCCCACCGAGUGGCUCGAGACCGACAUCGCCACGGGUCUGACCUCCGACGAGGUUGAGCGCAGGAGGCGCAAGACCGGCUACAACGAGCUGGCGGAUAUCAAGGAGAACAUGUUUCUCAAGUUCGUCGGCUUCUUCCGCGGCCCGGUUCUCUAUGUUAUGGAAGUCGCUGUUCUCAUCGCGGCUGGUCUGCGUGCUUGGAUUGAUUUCGGUGUCAUUAUCGCUAUUCUGUUGCUCAACGCCGUCGUCGGCUGGUACCAGGAGAAGCAGGCUGCCGAUGUCGUGGCCUCGCUCAAAGGUGAUAUCGCCAUGAAGGCCACCGUCGUCCGCGACAGUGUUGAGCAGGAGAUCCUCGCCCGUGAAAUCGUCCCUGGAGAUAUUGUCAUCCUGGAAGGUGGUGGCCACGGAACGGUCGUUCCCGGUGACUGCCGUCUCAUCUGCGCCUACGAUAACAAGGAAGAUGGAUUCGCCAACUACCAAGCCGAGAUGCGCGCACAGGGUCUCGUUGGCACGAAGGGCGGCAGCCCGGACGACGAUGAGGAGGGUCUGCCCCACGGCGGCCACGCUCUAGUCGCUGUCGAUCAGUCCUCAAUGACGGGAGAGUCUCUCGCCGUCGAGAAGUACGUCACCGAUGUCUGCUACUACACCACUGGCUGCAAGCGCGGCAAGGCCUACGCUAUCGUAACCUGCUCCGCCAAGGGCUCGUUCGUCGGAAAGACCGCCAUGCUUGUGUCUGGUGCCCAGGAUUCUGGUCACUUCAAGGCAAUCAUGAACAGCAUCGGAGGAACUCUCUUGGUUCUCGUCAUGGCUUUCAUCCUCGCUGCCUGGAUCGGUGGUUUCUACAGACACCUGAAGAUCGCUACCCCGGAGAACUCGUCCAACAACCUGCUCCAUUACGCUCUAAUCCUGCUCAUCGUCGGUGUCCCCGUCGGUCUGCCAGUUGUUACCACCACCACCCUCGCCGUUGGUGCUGCGUACCUCGCCAAGGAGAAGGCUAUCGUCCAGAAGCUCACCGCCAUCGAGUCACUCGCUGGUGUUGACAUUCUCUGCUCCGACAAGACCGGUACUCUCACUGCCAACCAGCUGUCCAUCCGCGAGCCAUACGUGGCUGACGGAGUCGACAUCGACUGGAUGAUGGCUGUCGCUGCCCUGGCCUCUUCCCACAACACCAAGCACCUGGAUCCCAUCGACAAGGUCACCAUCAUCACCCUGAAGCGCUACCCAAGGGCCAAGGAGAUGCUCAUGGAGGGCUGGAAGACGCACUCUUUCACUCCCUUUGAUCCCGUCUCCAAGCGUAUCACCACCGUCUGCGAGAAGAACGGCGUAGUCUACACCUGUGCCAAGGGUGCCCCCAAGGCCAUCCUCGCCAUGUCCAACUGCUCCAAGGCUGUCGCCGACGAGUACCGCGCCAAGUCCCUCGAGCUCGCCCACCGUGGUUUCCGUUCUCUCGGUGUUGCCGUCAAGGAAGGUGAGGGUGACUGGCAGCUACUCGGUAUGCUUUCGCUCUUCGACCCUCCCCGUGAGGAUACCGCCCAGACCAUCGCCGAUGCCCAGCACCUCGGACUCCAGGUUAAGAUGCUUACUGGUGACGCUCUCGCCAUCGCCAAGGAGACUUGCCGCAUGCUCGCGCUCGGCACUAAGGUUUACGAUUCCGACAGACUUGUCAACGGUGGCCUCACCGGCAGCACCAUGCACGAUCUCUGCGAAAAGGCCGACGGUUUCGCCGAGGUUUUCCCCGAGCACAAGUACCAGGUCGUCGAGAUGCUUCAGCAGCGUGGCCAUCUUACGGCCAUGACUGGUGACGGUGUCAACGAUGCUCCAUCUCUCAAGAAGUCUGACUGCGGUAUCGCCGUUGAGGGUGCCACCGAGGCUGCCCAGGCCGCCGCUGACAUCGUCUUCCUCGCCCCCGGUCUGUCCACCAUCGUCUCCGCCAUCAAGAUCUCUCGUCAAAUUUUCCAGCGCAUGAAGGCCUACAUCCAGUACCGUAUCGCUCUCUGCCUGCAUCUCGAGAUCUACCUCGUCACCUCGAUGAUCAUCCUCAAGGAGACCAUCCGCGCCGAGCUCAUCGUGUUCAUUGCCCUGUUCGCUGAUUUGGCCACCAUCGCUGUCGCCUACGAUAACGCUCACUACGAGAAGCGCCCUGUCGAGUGGCAAUUGCCCAAGAUCUGGGUCAUCUCUGUCGUCCUUGGUUCCCUUCUCGCUUUGGGCACCUGGGCUAUUCGCGGCACACUUUUCCUGCCAAACGGAGGUAUCAUCCAGCGCUACGGUUCCGUCCAAGAGAUCCUCUUUCUUGAGGUCUCUCUCACUGAGAACUGGCUGAUCUUCAUCACCCGUGGCUUCGAGACCCUCCCAUCCUGGCAACUCGUCGGCGCCAUCCUCGGAGUUGACGCCCUCGCCACCAUCUUCUGUAUCUUCGGCUGGUUGUCCGGCGGUCUCGAGGAAUCCGUCUCCGGCGACUUCCCCCACUUCCGCGGCGAUGGAUGGACAGAUGUCGUCACCGUCGUCUGCGUCUGGCUGUACUCCAUGGCCGUCACCGUCGUCGUCGCCAUCGUGUACUACAUGCUCUCGAACUGGUCGUGGCUCGACAACCUCGGCCGCAAGUCGCGCAGCGUCCAGGACACGCAGAUCGAGAACAUCAUCAGCCAUCUCAGCAAGAUCGAACUCGAGCACGACAAGGAGAGGGACACCUGGAAUAUCAAGGCCAAGAGCGAGAACCUUGAUGAGGAUGACGAGUAAGCGAUUCGCAAGGCGGAUCCUACUCGACAUACCUCUCUUCAUACCCCUCCACUGCCGAUACCUGCUCUGUCAAUCAUGAAACGGAAAGCUUUGGAGGGUGAAGAUCCGAUCAAAAGAAAGUAAAAAUAUAGACAAAAGCAUAGAAAAAAAAGUCACAUACCAUACGUCUUCUCAGAUCACACAUCACAUUGGCGAAUCCGGCUCCACCAAAAGCCCGCGCCACUCUCUUCACAUUUUCCUUUUAAUUUUAUUAUAUAUUACAUGAUAUCCUGCAUAGACAUCUAGCGGGGUUUGUCGGUGGCGGCAGGGUGCAAUAGAUUGGGAUUUUUAUACUUGUAUAUAGCGCGAGAGUGCAAUAGACUUUGGUUUCUAAUGACC